CCGCCCUCCUUCCGCCUGAGGCGGCCUCAUGUUCAGCUGGGGGAGCUCCGGCGUCCGCUCGCGGCGGGAGGCGCAAACCGGUGGGCGCGGCGGCGCGGGGCUGCGGUAGGGCAGGGAGAGGAGGGGGAAAGCUUCUCCAGGAUGAGUGGUGAGGCUCCCCCAGGCCUGGAAGGCAGGGUUCGAAAAGCACUGCAAAGAGUCUUCGGGUUUGAGUCCUUCAAGACUUCCCUGCAGGAAAGCGCAACUAUGACUGUGGCGAGAGGUGAGAAGGAUGUCUUUGUAUGCAUGCCCACAGGGGCAGGGAAAUCGUUGUGCUACCAACUUCCUGCAGUUCUGGCAGUGGGCAUCACCAUUGUCAUUUCACCUCUGAUUGCACUGAUUCAGGAUCAAGUGGAUCACCUGCUGGCUCUGAAGAUCAAAGCCUGCUCUCUGAACUCCAAGCUUUCUGCCCAGGAAAAGAAGACUAUCCUGGCUGACUUAACAAGUGAGAAGCCUCAAGUAAAGCUCCUGUACAUCACCCCAGAGAUGGCAGCUGCCUCCUCCUUCCAACCUACACUGAACUCUCUGGUGUCCCGAAAGCUCUUGUCCUACUUGGUAAUUGACGAAGCACACUGCGUUUCCCAGUGGGGACAUAAUUUCCGACCUGACUACCUCCGGCUGGGCACCUUGCGCACUCGCAUACCCAAUACGCCAUGUGUUGCCUUGACAGCUACUGCCACCAAGCAGGUCCAGGAGGACAUUGUGGCAGUGCUCAAGCUAAAGCAGCCACUUUCCACAUUUAAGACCCCUUGCUUCAGAUCUAACUUGUUCUAUGAUGUGCAGUUCAAAGAGCUCUUGACCGAUCCGUACGCCAACUUGAAGGAUUUCUGUCUGAAGGCACUUGAAGUGACAAACACCACUGGGGUGUACUCCGGUUGUGGCAUUGUGUACUGCAGGAUGCGGGAUAUGUGUGACCAGCUGGCUACUGAGCUGAGCUACCGAGGAGUGAAAGCCAAGGCUUAUCAUGCAGGACUCAAGGCAGCUGACAGGACUUUAAUCCAGAAUGAGUGGAUGGAGGAGAAGAUCCCUGUAAUUGUUGCAACCAUCAGUUUUGGAAUGGGAGUAGACAAAGCCAACGUCAGAUUUGUUGCCCAUUGGAAUAUUGCUAAGUCAAUGGCUGGAUAUUACCAAGAGUCUGGCAGAGCUGGGAGAGAUGGGAAGCCAUCCUGCUGUCGCCUAUAUUACUCAAGGCAUGAGAGGGAUCAAGUCAGCUUUCUGAUUAAGAAGGAGCUCUCUAACAUCCAGGAAAAAGAAGGCACCUUAAAAGAAUCUGACAAAGCUGUGAUGACAGCUUUUGAUGCCAUUGUGAACUUCUGUGAGGAACUGGGAUGUCGCCAUGCUGCCAUAGCAAAGUACUUUGGGGAUGUCACCCCUCCUUGUAACAAGUGCUGUGACUACUGCAAGAACCCAGCAGCAGUGAAAAGACAAUGGGAGUCACUGGAGCGGUGCAGCAACAGCUGGAGCAGAACCUGCAUUGGGCCCACAAGCUCCUCUUGGGAGGGCUAUGACCCAGAACUGUAUGAAGGCGGAAGAAGAGGUUGCAGAGGUUUUAGCAGAUAUGAUGAAGAAAGCAGUGGGAAUGCGGAUGAAGCCAAUGAAGAGAGUCGGAAACGGGAGUGGAACAGCUUCUACAGAAAGCAGAUGAGUCUGCGCAGAGGCAAAGAACCAGAAAAGGAAGAUUUUGUUCCUCCAAGUGCAGACUGUCCCUUGAAGGAUGCCAUCAGCAGGAGAAUCUCUAAGCUCACAGUGAAGGGACGGGAGCACUGCUUGAAGAUGCUGGAAGAAGCUUUGAGCACCAAUCAAAAGGUUCCAGCAGCAGGAGAAGGGUCAGACCCUCACGCCUGUGCCGUGGAGCUGGAGUAUGAAGCUUUCCGAACCAGUAAAAUGGCGAACUCAUACAAGGCAACUGUGCUGAAGAAGGUAGCAGAAAUCAACAAAGCCUCAAAACAAGGAGAGUUGUUCUCAGUCUUUGGGUCUGCAACUGGUAGCAAGAGCAGCUUGGAAACAAAAUCUGAGUCUGCAGCAGAAGAGGACUUCCUCCCUGCAUCCCAGGUUUACUCAUUCAAACCCAAGCGUGUGGGAGCAGGAUUUCCAAGGAAAUCCAGUUUGUUCCAGACAGCUUCUGAACUGCUGAAGAUCCAGGAGAAGAGUGAUGCAAAGCCUGACAAAAAAGAAGCAGACUGUCCAAAUGGACAAGACAACAGUAACUCCAGUCUGGAGCUGGACACCAGGAGCCCUGUUCUCCAGAAGAAAGAAAUAGCAAUGUGUGAGAGUGCUGGGGUGGAAGUACUCCAUCCUGAAAAGAAGGAGCAGCAACCCAAUCCAGACACAAAAGCUGCCCUUUUGAGGGGCCCUAAUAAGAAGUCCAAACGUAGCAAAAAGCAGCAAAUGCUCACAGAAGCAGCUAAAAAAGAAUCACAGGAUAUUUCCAAAUUCUUCUCCCUCCGCAAAGGUGGGUUUAAAGCCAAAAGCUGCAGCUCAGCAAAGGAAGGUGGCUGUUCUGCAAGCACACUACCUCAGGUUUCUUCUCAAAGCAUGUGUCAAGAGAAACCAGCACCUCAGGAAAACAAAGGUGUCUCUGGAGAAGAUGUGAUUGGACAACCCCAGGCAGAGAGUGAAGAACUGGAAGAGGCACAAGUAGCACUGACUGAGAGAGAACAGGAUUUCAAGACCCCUCAGGCUGAUGAAUCUGAGAUCCUUCAGGAAGAAACUGAUGUGAAACCCAGUGCUGAUGAAAAUGUCACAGAAACUGAGCUAACUUUUGCUGAGGAAAGUGAGAGUAGGAAGCGACCAGGAUCAGAUGAGGAUAUAGAAAUUCCUGCAACAAAGCUGCUACGGACAGCUGCAAAAUCUUCAAUUCUGUCCCAGCCAGAAAGCAGAAGUGUUGGUCUAACAAAGAAGAAGGUGACUUUUGAUCCAAACUUAUUGCAGUGUGCUAAAGAAGGAACCAGCAGGACCAUACAGGCAGUGACCAAGGCUAUGUCCCUCAAAGAGACAGCAGACAUCGUCGUCAAAUAUUUGACCCCAUUCUACAAGGACGGCAAAUUUGCUUCCAAGGAUCUGUUCAAAGGCUUUGCUCGGCACCUGUCUCACUUACUGACCGAAGAGCAGAACCCAGCCCGCAAGACUGUGAAGGAGGAAGCACAGAGACUCAUCAAGGAGUUUUUCAAAACAAGGGUCAGGUGUGAGAGUGAGACAGACUGGCAGGAGCUGCAGAGCUCCGGGAGCUGACUCUCAGAUCACGUUGGCUGCCCUCCUCCAGUGGUGUGACCAGGGGAGCUUGAAGAACUCACCCAUGGAGGGUUUCAUGGACUUACAGAACUGAGCUUGCUUUUCCAACAGCAUUUUUGCUCACUUCUGAUCUUAGUGACACACAGUUCCAGGAAACCAGUUUCUGUGGACGUGUGGAGAGUUUCUCCAGUAAGUGGGGUGCUGAAGCCCAGUGGUUGCUCACACCUUGCUAAGAGGUGUGAACUACUCAUCUGUUGUGUAGGUUAGGGGCAACCACCCCAGAUGUUCUGCAGUGUCUCCAACCUCUAUGCAGCAGUUUGCUCAGACUUUCCAACAGGCACUCUGCUUUCGGAUGGCAUCUUGCUUCCUAGAUAGGUCCUCUCCCGCUCCCCCAUCCCUUAGUUCUUAUUCCAGUGUUGCCAGUAGAAGCCUUAUACUAGAAGUUCACAUGCUUUGCUCAGGGCUGCCAAUGAUAAAGUUGAUGAUUGAGUUCUUGGAUGGACAGGAGAGGAGCAUUUUGUUUCCCCCAUACAGGCAAUGUAUACUUGCUGAAGGUGGAGAAACUCAAUUUCUUUUUUCUUUUAAUCUGAACUUCUCUUUUUUGACUUUGUCUAGUUCUUCCUGCCCUUUAAUAUUAAGCGGUGAUGCUUUUUCAGUAUUAACCUCUCCAAUAGUAGCACCAAGGUUGCCAACACUUUUCCAGCGUUUGCUUGUAACCCCUAAAGCCAUAUUUGCUACCUGUGCCUCACCUGCAGUCUGCAAUACCGAAGGCAGUGGUGCUGUUACAACUGGUUAAGGUACCACUGUGGCCCUCAAAUUGACACUAUGGUGUGUCUGCUGCUAUAUUUAUAUGAGAAUCUGAACUUUAGGGCAUCAGUGGGCUUGAAAUAACCCAAUUCCCUGGCACAGGUUCUUUCUGUUCAGUUGUUACUGGGUUCUGCUUUUGUUCCAUUCUCAUAGAGGUUGGUGGCCUCAGGCACUAGUGCUGCUGGAGGAAUCUGCAGCCUCAGAGGCCAUCAAAUGCCUUUUAGAUCACUGUACUCAAUGGGUGUAUUUUUUUUUAAUGUACUGAAGGCUACAUGUGGAACUGACAAUAAACCAGUGUUAGAGCUGUUGUGGACUCUUCCUGGAAGCUUUUUGUUACCACUCAAUCAUAUGGACUGGUCUCAGAUACAUUAGGACGUCAUCGCUCUGAACAUAGACAUGAAAGCUCAUUUCAUAUCUGAACAGACAGCUAAUAAAUGCAAGCCUGGGAGGGGCUGGAUGGGAAGCGCGUGCCCACAGAUGCCUCCACCCCUUUACUGCUGCAGGACUUCUCCAGCUAGGAGCAAGGGGAGAACCUGGAAAUGUUUAACUCAAAGUCACUUUCAUCUUCAGCUUGCUCUUGUCAGUGGAGGCCAAAGGGCUUUACAAGAAGCCUUUUACACAAUACAAGUGUUUUUUAGCUGUUGCCUGCUAGUUUCUGGUUUACCUUCCCAUGAAAAAUCCUGGUUUGUCAGCGAA